UGUAAACUUACAUUUGGGGCACAACAAUGUCUAGAAAGAGACAGGAUAAAAGACAAAACAGAGAAGGCGAAUGCUGAGGAUGAGAAACACGCAGGACAGACUCCACGUGAAACACUGCCCGUGCAGACCUUUGAUGAAUAUCAGUGCUCAGGAAACGUGGAGAUUGACUUCCCUGGGCUUUGUGCUCUCCUGGACAUAAAGGAUGUCCCAGCUGUCAGCACCAAGCAACCAGCCUCCUCCACCACUGAAACUGAAGGAGGGGACACGGAGGACAGCCAGUCUCAGACAGACGCAGCAUCUUCCUGGUCUAAGCCGUGCCUCCAAGUGGAGCUGGAGAAUGAAGACCCCCUCGGGGCCAAGAGCAUAAAGGUUUCUGGAUGGAAGGUAAGUGAGCAGAUUGCCAGAGUGCUACAGAAGAUGCUUCCCUCCUUGAGCCAGCUACAGAGGCUUCAGUUUUGGCAGGCAGGGCUGUCAGAUCGAAUGGUAAUCUCCCUCAUGAACACAAUAUCGCUGUGCUCCAACCUCAGGGUUGUGGCAUUAGAAGGCAAUCCUCUUCCAGAGCAGAGCUACCACCAUCUUCUCUCUGAAGAGAGCAUCAUCGCUCACUUGUCCCUGCGAAAUAACCGGAUAGGAGAUGAGAGCGCUCGUCUGAUCGGGUCUGCCCUCUCAACGACCAGAUCCUCUAACAAGAGCCUCUUGUCGCUCAACCUGGCAUUCAAUUCUAUUGGUGACGCAGGUGCUGCUCAUAUCGCACAGGGCCUGCGCUUGAAUUGUGCUUUGCUCUUCCUCUCGCUGUCCAACAAUCAGAUUGGAGACCCGGGAGCUGCUCAACUGGCUGCGAUACUUGGCGACUUUGCUCUAACUCAUGAGGAAGUUGUGGAGAGGAGGAAGCUGCUUCUGGAAAGAACGCAGUCUUCAUCUCUAAAAGUCGAUUCAGAUCAAACGUCUGCUGACCAACUUCCCUCAGCACCCAGCAGCACCUCGCUAAGCAGCAAAGGCACCUCCAAAAAAAAGGAAACAUCCAAAAAAGACGAGAAGCCAGCUGCCAACAGAGAGAAUCCAAAGUCUAACAAGAAAUCCUCUGAUGCAAAGACGUCUCAGAGUAAAGGUGGCAAGGCAGGGGGUAAAGAGAAACAACAAACUCCACAGGAGGAUCAGUCGAGUAUUGCCCUGACUGAGCAGGAGGAGUCAGUGGAGAUAGGGAACCCCCUGCUGGAUCAGUCGCUGAGGCACAGGGACGGACAGAUUUUUCUGCCUGGAAACACAACUCUCACUUCCCUCAACCUGGCAGGAAAUAGAAUCACAGAGAAGUCACUGCCUCAGUUCCUGACGUUACUAGAGAUGCAGAGUGAGGGAGGAGGCCUGCUGCGUCUCUGUCUGGAGAGAAACUGCUUCCCACCAGAGUGUGAGUCCUAUGUAAAGAUAAAAGAACUGAUAGAACUUAGAAAUGUGCCAGAAAAAAACAGCUCUGAAGUGACACAAGAGGAGGGACGCGGGCAUAGUGCUGAGAGGACUGACAUCUAGAGGCUUAUACUGUGUACUUUUAAUUUGUUAUAUGAUAAUAAAAAUACAUAUGCACAUAUA